AUGACGAGUACAGGACCAGCUCACCGCCCUUCGCCUCCUCCUGCCUCCAUCGAGCUCCGCGAGCUCGGCGGGCCGCCGCCAACUGAGGCACCGCCGUCCCCACCCGUCGCCCCAGAGGACAUGUCCGUCUCAAAGGGUCGCUCUAUCGCCGUCUGCCUCUCCGCCUUCUCGCUCGCGUUCACCACCUGCGGAACCGCGUUUUCGUUUGGCGUCUACCAGGAGCUCUACCAGUCCAUGUCAUUGCAGCCUGGCACCCCGUUCACAGGGUCAACACCUGCAUGGAUCGACUUGAUCGGCACACUGUCCGUAUCGCUCAUGACGCUCGGCGCACCGUUCACAACUGCGUGGACGAGGCGCUUUUCGGCGCGCGCCGUCAUCACCGCCGGCGGACUGCUGCUCCUGGUAGCGUCCCUACUCGCCUCCUUCUCCCAGCACCUGUGGCAGUUUAUCAUUUGCCAGGGUCUCCUCAUCGGCUUUGGAACCUCCCUCGCCUACAUCCCAGCAGUCACCGUCGCGCCGACCUUCUUCUCCAAGCACCGCGGCGUCGCCCUCGGCCUCAUCCUCAGCGGCACGGGAGUCGGCGGGCUUGUCUGGGCGCCGGCGCUCAACAUCCUGAACGAGAAGGUCGGGUUCCGCUGGGGACUGCGCGUCUCGGGGAUCACCUGUUGUCUCAUGACCCUGGUUGGCGGGUAUGUGCUCGACUGGGACCCUGUCACCAAGGCCAAACUCGCAGCGGAAGCCGAGGCAAGACGUGCGAGAGCUCCUCCCCAGAGCAGUUACGCCGUCCUGGAGUUCGCAAAGUCGCUCUGGAAUGUGCCCCUGGUAGACUGGCGUAUCGCGCGCAGCCCGCCCUUCCUCGCUCAAAUGGCUGCAAACUUCCUCCACGCAGCGGCGUACUACACGCCCAUCUUCUUCUUCUCUGCCUACGCCCGCACCCUUGGCUACAAUUCGAAGCAGGGUGCCGAGUUUAUCGCCAUCAACAAUGUCGCGAGCAGCGUUGGCAGGAUCAUCUUUGGGCUCCUUGCGGACAAGUUUGGUCGUACGAACGUGCUCCUGUUGGUCUGCGCAGCGUCGGCCAUGUCGGCCAUGGCCUUCUGGCUCCCGUCAACGCUGGUGGACGAGGCGGCCGCCAAGGGACUGUUCGUGUCGUUCUCCAUCCUCAACGGAGCCUUCAUGGCCUCGUUCGUGUCGCUCUUCCCUGCUACACUUGUGGAGAUGUUUGGCCCGCACAACUUUGCGUCUAUCAAUGGCUUCGUGUACAUGAUCCCGGAGCUCGUCGACACCAGCGGCUACGCCUCUCCCAAGGUACGCGAGCCUGGCCACGACAACGACGACGUUUCAUUCAAGGAUGAGGAGAGCGAUGGCAAGACAAGCGAGGAGCGUCUUCGAGAACGUCAGGCGACCGACAGCGACGCUGUCAGCCUUACACAGUACUAUGAGCCACCGGAUUCGUACGAGUCCAAGCAUCGCUGGGAUCCAAAGGCUACAUGGACCAAGGAGGAGGAGAAGAAGCUCGUUCGCAAACUCGACCUCCGCGUUGCCCUGGUGGCAUGCAUAUGCUUCGCGGCGCUUCAGCUUGAUCGCGGUAACCUGACCAAUGCCGUCAGCGACAACCUUCUCAAGGACAUUGGCCUUACGACCCAGCACUACAACGUCGGGAACACCAUCUUUUACGCUACCUUCUUGGUCUCUGAGCUUCCGUCCCAAAUCAUAUCCAAGAAGCUCGGCUCAGAUGUUUGGAUCCCUAUCCAGAUGAUGUCGUGGUCGGCUGUCGCCAUGGCUCAGUGCGGCCUGAACGGCAAGACGAGUUUCUACGUCACGCGCGCGCUCCUCGGCCUCCUGGAGGGCGGCUUCAUCGCCGACACCAUCCUCUACCUAUCAUACUACUACACCCACGCGGAACUCACCAUUCGGCUGUCCUACUUCUGGGUCUCACUCACUGUCACCGGCAUCGUCGGCUCCUUCCUCGCGGCCGGUAUCCUUGAAAUGCGACACCACACUCACUGGCCUGGGUGGCGAUGGCUGUUCCUCCUGGAGGGCCUCCUCACCUUCCUCAUCGGCCUCUGGGCCGCACUAUACCUCCCACCAGGCCCUUGUCAGACCGGCAAGACCAUCCUCUCGCGCAUCACCAAGACCAAAUGGUUUACGGAUCGCGAGGAGGUAGUUCUAGUCAACCGCGUGCUCCGUGACGACCCUACGAAGAGUAGCAUGCACAAUCGACAGGGUUUGAACUUGGAGGACCUCGGCCGCUCCCUGACCGACUACGACAUGUGGCCUCUCUACAUCAUCGGCCUCUUUACGUUUGUCGCUCCCGGCACAGUCGGAGCGUACUUUACUCUCACACUCAAGUCGCUCGGUUACUCCACAUUCCAGACCAAUCUCCUUACGAUCCCGUCGCAGGUGCUUUACCUGAUCAACAACCUUGGGCUGGCCUACCUCUCCAGGCUGCUGAAUGAGCGACUCCUUACAGCCUCCAUAUCCUUGUGGUGGCUGCUAAUACUGUUCAUCGCUCUUGUGGAGCUGUCAGAUGGCACCAAUCGCUGGGUGCGCUGGGCCGUCAUCUCCCUCGUCCAGGCGUACCCAUACAACCACCCGAUUUUGGUGUCCAUGAACAGUAUGAACGCGGGCUCUGUGCGGACACGCACCGUGGCAUCAGCGGUCUACAACAUGUCGGUCCAGGCCAGCCACUUCAUCUCGGCCAACAUCUACCAGCCACACGACGCACCGUUUUACCACCAUGGCAACAAGGUCCUUCUGGGCUUCAUCGUCGCCGAUAUUGUGAUCAUCUGGCUGGCAAAGGGGUGGUAUAUCUGGCGCAACAAGUCGCGGGACAAGGUUUGGAACGCAUGGACGGAGGAGGAGAAGGCGCACUAUCUUGCUACGACCAAGGACCAGGGUAACAAGCGUCUCGACUUUCGCUUCCUCCACUAG